AUGCUGCUGAUGUUCCUUGUGUACAUUGUUGCAUUUCUUUUACCCAAAAAAGCAUACAACCUUUCUGCAAGAAUCCCAUUUGACGAUGAAGCUCCGAUAUUGCAGUUUGGCCCUAGUCAACCUUGGAAAUGGAAUGAAAGAUCUCUUAUUUUGCAGGGAGAUACUAUGCCUCCUACGCCACGACAGAUUCCGAUUCAAAGAAAUGAUAUUCCAGAUUCGAUUCCUGCAAAAGGCACGCUAUGGACGGGUGAAAAUGGCGUGUGGAUAAUAAGGGGCUCUGAGCAGAACACUCCGGAUCAAAGUAAAGGAACAAGUCUCUCUUUAAGACAACCACAGAGUGAGCAAAAAAGAAAUUCCGAUCCGCUCUACUUGAGCCAAAUUACGCUAACGUUUCAGCUUCUGGCGCGUGUUAACGGGGAAAGAACAUCUAGAGGAUUGAAGCCGCUCUGUGCAAAUAAGUACACAUUCGCAUUGAUGACAUAA